CUUGAGUAACGAUAAGCAUUGUAACCCCUCGCUAUUGUUCCCCCCCCUAUAUGUCUUUUAAGCUUCUAUACUUCCCCAAUAUCUGACCCGUGGAUCUGAAUUGUCUGAAGGUGUUUCAUUGUCAUACCACUUAUACCACUUAAGCCACUUGGGACCGGGCGGAUUCGUCGGAUCGAAUGACAAACGACGAGCUCCGACUUGCGAUGUCCCGCUCAACGAGCAAAUACUGACGACUUUAGACUCUCGGCACGGACAGCGACAUAGAGCAUUACAACAUAUAAAUAUACUUUAGAUUCGAUGAGAGAUGAUUUAAGGGCUUCUUUUAAGAAUCAAGUCGAUUAAGUCGUGAGCAUCUCUUUCGUCGUCAUUACAAUCAAUAAAUUGAAGACAUAAUCCAAAAUAAAGCCGCAAUCAUCAACUAUGGCUGUGUCUCCCGAGGCCGUUCUUGGAACUACCGUUGCGUUUUCCUUUAUCCUCUUCGGAAAUGCUAUCACGCAAUCAUUCAUGGGUGUUCCCGCUUUGCUAGUCGACUUCCCGCCGCCAUCAUCGCCUGAGCACGCAGCUCGCGCGCGAUUGCUCGGUCGGCAAUGGCCCGUCUUCUGGGUUGUAGGCAACCAAUUCUUUAGGCCGAUCAGCACUCUCGGCAUCUUUGGCUACGCCUAUACGUCAUGGGCAGCCGCUGCGCAGGGACCGGAUGGCAGACUUGGUGACUGGCGACCGUACGCGGUAUCGGCGCUGUGCCAUCUCAUCACCGUUGUCCAUUCCGCGGUGAACAUGCAGCCUAUUAACCAGAAAAUCGACGCCCUGCGUGAGCCUAAGGGCAAGGUCGAUCCCAAGGAGGCCGAGAGUUACGCUCGGAAAUGGAUCAAAUUCAACACCGUGCGCCUCAUCACGCCGGUCGUUGCUGGGUCCCUGGCUCUCUUCCAGUUGUUGAAACUACAUUAGAGUAUGGGCAAGGGCGCGGGUACUCUUCAGUUUUGCGGCGCUUAGGAAGGUUUCAUCUGGUCCGGAUUGUUGGUACUGGUACAUGUUGUAUAACUUAUAAGUUACCUAUUCACGUACACGCUUCUCCUAUAUUUUCUUCUAGUCCCUAUUGAUUCCGCCUCUAUAC